ACGCGGGUUUGAGCUUCAUUGAGUGAAAUGGUUUGAUUCCUUCAGUUACACUCCGGACAAGGCACAUCUAAGAAAAUUAAUUAUUCUCUGGAAAGUUGGUGACAGGAUACCAUCACACCUUCUGCACAAUUCCAUGGACAGAGCCGCCAGUUGGUCAGGUAAUGAUGGAGUUGUUUCUUACAGAAUGCCUUAUGAACAGUCACUUGCUUCUUGCAGCACCGCCACUGACGGUUGGUAGCACCAUCGGUGAGUAUUUGCAGCACUAUCACUGGUAGUUUGGAGCAUCAUCACUAGCAAUUUAAACCACCACUGCUGACCAUUUGCAGCACCACCGCUAACCGUUAGUACCACCGCCGCUGACCAUUUGCAGCAACGCCUGACGCCACUGGAAGCAUCUGCCGUAGUCCGUGGAUGCACCGUUGUCGCCGGUGGGGUCCUGUAGCAACCCCCGUAGGUGGUUGGAGCACUGCCCAACGUCGUUGGCAGCACCGACCAUAGCAGUGGUCUCCAUCUCCGAUGAAGGCAGGAGCCGGGGGAGCUAAGCACUCCGGUGACGGUGGGGCGCUGCGACCGCCGCGCCCUUCCCGGGCAGCACGCUUCUUGGAGUCAUGCAUACCGAAAGCCACGGCCUGGCGGCGGAGGACGAGGAGUCGGGGUUGAUGGGGUCAGGGCCGGAAGAGGACGGAUAGGAGGAGGAGGAGGACGGAGGGGCGCGACCAGGAGCGGCUGCCGGCGGGACUGCGACUAGGAGCGAACUGGAGGCGUGGGAUCAGCCAUCAGGUCGAUUUUCUGCAUGAUGCGAGCAACGGAGGAAGGAGACAAGGAACGAACGUGAGACGAAGGGGAUGGGUGGGCCUCGGCGUCCCACUGUUUUUUGGCCCACCACGCGGGACGCGUGGCACGCUCUCGAGCUGGACUCCCACGAUCCUCCGACGGAACCCAUCGUAAAACCACAGUACGUAACCGGGAACCCCUCAUGAUUUCACGCCACUAAACCCUAAAACAGAACGCCAGCCCACCCUUUCUUCCGCCGCCAUGUCGCCGACGGCCGCAACCAUGGGCACCACAAAGCGAUCGAAGAAGAGGAAACCCAUCACCACCCCACCAGAGUCGGAGGAACCGGUCUAUGAUGCAACUGCCACCAUGGAAUCCGGCCAGGAGACGCAAGAGCCGGAGCAACAGGAGGUGGCCGGGGACGACGAGACAGUGAAGACGGGGGACCAGGACGAGGAGCAGGAGCAGGGGAAGGGGGUAUCGUAUAGAGCUGUUCAACUCUCUUUCGUUUAAGAACUAAUUUUGCGAAAAUAACGACUAUGCUCUGACAGGCUAAUGCUCAAGACUUAGAGCUGGGAUAUUGCAUUGUUCCUAGCGAGAAGAGGUUUCUGGUUUUGCACGCUUUCCUGAAGAGGAAACUGUCCAAGAAGGUCAUGGUGAUCUUUUCAUCAUGUAGUUCAGUCAAGUUCCAUGCAGAACUCCUAGGUUCUGUGCAGAUGGAGUGUGCUGGCAUCCAUGAGAAACAAAAGCAGAAGAAACGAGCUGCAACAUUCUCCAACUUCUGCAACUCGGAAAAGGGUAUCUUACUCUGCACUAAUGUGGCAGCUCGUGGCCUUGAUAUUCCUGAUGUGGAUUAUAUUGUGCAAUACGAUCCUCUAAACAAACUACAGGAUUACAUUCACAAUGCUGAACAUACUACACGUGCUGAAAAAGGAAAAGGGAGCGUAAUAUUGUUCUUACUUCCCCAAGAACUGGAGCUUCUUAUUUCCCUAAGGGCAGCCAACAUCCGUCUCACCGAAUACGAGCUCCACAACAAGAAUGUGCCAAGUUUGCAAGCAAAUUUUGAGAAAAUCGUUGGCGAGAAUUACUUCCUACAUCAGUUAGCUCAAGAAGCAUACAGAUCGUACAUUCUAGCAUACAACUCAAAUGCCAUGAAGAAAACUUUCAAUGUUCAUGGUCUCAAUUUUAAGGACGUAGCUGCAUCAUUCUCCAUCAGGAACCCUCCAAAAGUCAAUAUUGACCCGGAGAGCAGAGAUAAGAAGAAAGUGGGUGGUGGUGGGAAGAGGCAGCGCAUCAACGCGGCAGCUUAAGGUGUCGGGGCUUAAUACAUUUAUUAUGGUAUAUGCAUGAGGUUGUAAUGAUGCAGUAUACCUUUUGAAUCGAUUCACUAUAAAGCCUAAUUCCUCUUUACCGUACUUUUG